AUGCCAACACGACGACGUCAUUAUCAGCAAGAUACUACUAGAUUCUAUACAGGAUCAUAUGAAGCCACUAUACCACUAGUUGCACCUCAAGGUCAACAGCAGCAGCAACAACAACAGUACAAAAAUCCAUUACUUGGUGGAGCAGCAGCUCCAACAAUAAGUGGAGGCACCAACCAGGAGUCUACAAUAUUAAUUGGGGAUUAUAACCAACAAGACAACGGUCAAGAAUAUAAUUCGAAUAAUAACAUAAGUGAUCCUGACGACAAGUAUAGUAAAGCAAGUCGACAGUGGAAUUUGCGUUCGAUUUCAACCCGUAUCCAAGCAUCAUCUGGACAAGCAAUUCGAAACUUUAUACAACAGCCACUCAGCGCAGCAGCUGCUGUUGUGACUGGUAAUCAUACAUCACAGAACAAUAGUGGUUAUACGCAAGUAAGCCCAUACGAAAACUCACAGCAAACACUGAAGGUAGAAGAAGCCGAAGAAGAGGAUUUAAUAUUUGAAAAAGAAGAAAUUUUUAUUAUGGCUUCACGUGAUCGAACAGGUGAAUUUAAUAAUGCAAUACGCUCAUUGCAAGCGCGCAAUAUUACACGCGCCGUCAAUAUACGUGAUCCACGCAAAGCGAAAGAAGUGCAGAGCUAUUCAGAGUUUAUGAUGGUGGCCAAAUACAUUGGGAAGAAUAUUGCUAGUGCAUUCGCAAAACUGGAAAAACUAACCCUGUUGGCCAAAAAGAAGAGCCUCUUUGAUGAUCGACCACAAGAAAUACAAGAACUAACUUACAUAAUAAAAGGCGACUUGAAUGCACUCAACCAGCAAAUAGCACGGCUUCAAGAGAUAUCGAAAGAUCAACGUCGUACAAGCUCGGGUAAACAUCUGCAAUUACAUUCCUCGAACAUGGUUUAUGCACUGCAAUCGAAAUUGGCCAGUAUGGGCUCAGAUUUCAAACAGAUAUUGGAAGUACGUACUGAAAAUCUAAAACAUCAAAAAGCUCGUCGUGAUCAGUUUGGACAAGCACCAAUUGCUGCAAGUACCGUCCGUUCGAGUACCGCGAAACAAGGUUCUCUUCUGCUGAGUGAAGAAAACACCGCCGUGAGCAUCGAUAUGGCCGCGAGUGAUACAACACCAUUGUUGGGCGCCGUUGGUGGUGGCGGUGUGCAAACGCAACAGCAAAUAGCGCUCUAUGAUGACUCUGAAAGUUAUGUGCAACAACGUGCCGAAACCAUGCAAAAUAUUGAAUCGACUAUUGUUGAACUUGGUGGCAUAUUCCAACAACUGGCACAUAUGGUUAAAGAACAAGAGGAGACUGUAGAGCGUAUCGAUACGAAUAUACAAGACGCGGAAAUGAAUAUCGAAGCAGCUCAUGGUGAAAUAUUAAAGUACUUCCAAACUGUUUCCAAGAAUAGAUGGUUGAUGAUUAAAAUCUUCGCUGUACUGAUAUUCUUUUUCAUUUUCUUCGUCGUAUUUUUAACGUAAUAACAGUGAAGCGUUGUUAUAAGUAUACACAAAUACAUAUAUAUAUGGUUAUUUUGAAUAUAUUUAAAGUUAUGAAAAUUCUCAAUACUUGUAUGCGUAUAUAUAUAUAUGAUUUAUUUAACUAAGUUUUACACGCUGUUAAGCAUUUACGUAUGGCGUGUAUUUUUAAUUCUGUAAAGAAUAAAAUAUUCACUUCUACGUAUUCCAAAAAUUUUAAUUAUGCGCAACGAGGAAAAUGAAUGUGGAAUGUAAUGGAUAAACCGAUUUAUGUAAUUAUCAAUUUAUAAAAGAAAAAACAUUUAAACCUUUAAAUUUAAAUAAAAUAGAAACUGUUAUUGGCAAUAAGUGAAAAUCAUUGCGUAUAAAUACUCAUAUUGGGAAACAGGAAUGGUAAAAUAUUCCUUAAACUUUUUUUUCUCAAAUAACGGAAACUGGUUUUUAAUCGAAAAAAAAAAAUAAUACAUUUUUAGAUAUUUGUUUCGAUGAUAGUCCUGUACAGAGACCAGACAGAAUUUAUAACUUAUCGGAAAUCUUGUGGAAACUUGCGUCUGUUCAUGCAACAACAAAGAUUUCGUACUAUGGCCUUUCCUCCACACAAGCCGCAAAAUAUUCAUAUUCAAGACAUACAAUUCAAUGUAUAAAGGUUGUUUCGUAUGUAAAUAAAAAACUUAUGUUGGAGCUUAAA